CAUUAUGGACAUCUAAACGCGUGAUAUCAAUACUUUUGUGUUAAAACUCUCUUUGGACCAAAUGCUCCCUACGCUAAGCCCAAAGCCCAUAUAUUUAUUCCCACCAAAUCCAACAAAAAAACGCCUUUUUUCCCAAUAUACCAUAAAUGGCGCGAAAAUUAAAAAAACCCUUCCCAUUUCCCAAUUUAGGGUUUCGAUUGAAAUUUCACAAUUUCACUUGAAUUCUGAACCUAAUUAUACAAUCAUCUGAAAAUCCAACAAAGUAAUGUCGAAUUUUCCUGAGCAAUUGGAACAAAUCAAAACCCUAAUUUGUUCAUCUUCAAAAUUAGAAAAAUCAUUUGCUUAUUCAACUCUUCAACAUCUUCAAGAGCAGGCGAGCACUGAUGAUUCCUUAAUUCAGCUUCUUGUUGAUUUCAAUAAAAUUAUCAUUUCUUCGAUUAUCGACGACAUUCAAAUUAUUGAUGCUGAUGAAGAAAUUUCUACACUGGCUUUGAAGUGUUUGGGGUUCAUAAUUUAUCAUCCUUCUUUCGUUGUAGCGAUUUCGAAAGAAUAUGUUGAUCAAGUGCUUGAGUCAUUGGCUAAGCUGAUCUUAACAACGAAAAUUAAGGUGGUUUGCAAUCUUGGUGUGUGGUGUAUUUCCAUUCAGCAGCUAGAUGCUUCACAUUUAGCUUCUCACUUUGAAUCCUUGUUGAGGGCUGUUGUUCAUUCCCUUGACAACCCCACUGGCUCGUUAUCUACAACAUUCGAGGCUAUUCAGGCUGUCAUGAAGUUAGCAAAUCAGAUAAGUGAAAAAAUGAGAGAAUCGUCAUCUAUAUGGGCACCUUCUAUAUAUCGAAGACUUCUAAGUGGAGAAAAGAAAGAGAGAGAUAUGUGCAUAAGAUGUUUGUUGAUGAUCAAGUUUCUAAUUGUUCCUCCACAAUUGGCUCUCUCAAAGGCCAUUGCUCAAGACAUGAAGCUAAGCUUACUUUCUGGGAUGGACGAUAUGCUGAAACAUGGAAAGAAAGUUCAGGCUCUCCAAGCAUGGGGAUGGUAUAUUCGUAUUCUUGGACAAUAUUCUAUGAAGAAUAGGCAUUUGGUUAAUGCAUUACUCAAAGUCCCUGAGCAAACCUUUUCCGAUCCAGACCCACAAAUCCAGAUUGCCACACAGGUAGCAUGGGAAGGUCUAAUAGAUGCAUUUAUUUUCCUUCCGUCAAAAGAAUGUGGUGGUACUUCACAAGUUAAUGGAGGCACUGGCCAAAAUAAAGCAUUUUCAAAAAGUUUGAAGCUGAUUAUGACACCAUUAGUUGGAAUUAUGACAAGUAAAGCUGGUCUUUCUGUCCAAUCAUCUUGCCUGAACACAUGGUGCUAUCUGUUACAUAAGCUUGAUACACUAGUAAAUGAUCCUCAUAUUCAAGGUAUAGUUGUGGAACCUUUGUUUAAGGUAGUCUUUAAUAUUGGACUUGAAGACGAUAAUGUUUGGAGGUGGAGACUCUGCAUGGAUUUGCUUCAUGAUAUUAUCCAAUCAAAAACUGUAAGUUAUGGAUCACACACCCAGGUUGAUGGUACAAUAUCACCUGUAACUACUGAUAAGUUAAAUCUUGUAUCGUUAUCAGAGGAAUCUACAUUAAAAAACUACUCUAUAAGAUGGCUACCUUGGGACUGUAGUCAGGUGGAUUUUCUUCUGAGAACAAUACAGAUGAUUUUCUGUCAAGUAGCAAAAGCUACUUUGUGCCCCAAAAUUAAGAGGCUGGUUUGUGAUGCUGCAACGAGGAUGUUCUGUUUCUUUUUGAAAGGUGUUCAAAUAGAUUUUAUGAAAUCUUCAACUAAUUAUGAUACUGUUAUGCAGUCCAUGAAUGCUAUUUUGGUGUUUGUAAAGACUGUUUGUGACACUGCUUCAAGUGUGGAUGAUGCAACAAAUGACUUUCAACUUGCUUGCCUACGGACUUUGGAAGCAGUAACUCAGGAGCUUGAUCCAUCUAUUCUAGGUUCCUCUCUUUAUAAGGUUGCCUUAGUCAUGAAGUGUAGAUCCACAGAUGAAGUUGCAUGCAAUAUGCUGACAGGGAUUGGCCCCACAAAGCUUAUGGAAAUGGUUCCACCAAUAAUUUAUUUAACUGUGUAUUACUUUUGUCUGAUGGUUCAACUUAGCAAUAAGGAAGCCAGCAUUGGGUCUAGUGACUCCAGUCUGCAAGAAGGAUAUAAAUAUUUUACUCGUGUGCUAUCUUCGUAUGAUUCUCUCCAAGUGAUCCAUGCCAUCACUGUUAUCCUGUAUGAUCAUUUUGAUCACAAUUCCUUAAGGGUUUGGAUUACAAUUGCCCAAUGUUUGAAGGAAUAUUUAGAUGGUGCUAAGGAUAUGAUGCCAAUGAGAACCCAGCCUGCUAGUACUGGUUGUAUUACCUUGUGCCAUUUCUUUGUUUAUCCACUCAUUGUCUGUACCUCUCGGAAAACAGUAAGCACCCAAAAGCAGUGCAAUUCCCGUAUAGUUUCUUCAUGUUUAUCAGAAAACCUUUCACAAGUUAAAGAAGUGUGGAUGUCACUUUAUUGUCUAGUGAAUUCUACUAACCUGCAAGAAAAUCAAAACAAGAAUAGUUUUGCAGAAGAUCUUUGUUCAUCUUUGAAUGACUUCCUCCAAAGAAGCAACACGGGUGAGGUUGAUCCUCCUGAUAACAGUCAGGAGCACCAUUUUCUCUCUUUUUGUGGGAAUAUAGCUGAGUGUAUUUUAAAGAAUUUGCAUAUUAAAAAGGUCACUCCUGAAGCAAUUAAGGGUGAUUAUACAGAAUCCAGUGGCAUAAACAACUGCUUGGAAUUUAUAGCCAGGCUUAUAAAUCUCAUGAGCACAAUUAAUGAAGCACCAGAACAUGUUAUUUCAAGGAUACUCCCCCCAUUUACAUACUUAGUCAGUUGCCUUCAGUGGAAAGAAGAUAUUAUUUCCUUGUUUAAGGUUCUAUGUGAUCCCCUGCUUCCUUGGUUGUCAGAAUCUGUGAUAAACUGCGAAAGCAUCAAAUGUCAACUGCAAAUUUUGUGGGAAGAAAUUAUUAGAAGUUUGCUACGUAGCUGGCCAACAAUAGUAUUUGAUUCCUCCUUCCUUGAGUUACAAGCACCUCUACUUGAAAAAACACUUGACCACCCCAAUCCUUCUAUUUCCAACCCCACGAUCACCUUUUGGAACUCUGCUUAUGGAGAUCUGGUUCAUUUAGAUAUUCCUCCUUGCUUGCUCAAUGUUUUAGACAAGCUGUUGCGAGUUGGAAGGCUAAAAAUCAGAAACAGGAAAGCACCAGCAGUGGAGAAAAACAGUUCGAGUUUGGAAGUUGUCACUUCUCUUCCAAAACACAAUGUAACAGCUACAUUAAAUAUGUGCUCAAAACGAGUAAAACUUAUGGAAAAUGUAGUGGAUGGUUCCCCUUGUAAGAGCAAGCUGCCUCCUCCAAGCACGAAACGAAAGAGGUCAGAGCUCACAGAACAUCAAAAGGAAGUGAGAAGAGCACAACAAGGGAGACUGAGAGAUUGUAGUGGACAUGGUCCUGGAGUUCGAACUUAUACAGGUGCUGAUUUUUCACAAGGAAAUCAUGAGGAUUCACAAGAUAGUCAGGACUUUGAGAACGUUCGUGAUUCUGAGUUAAUCUUGAAUUUGCUCAGAAAAUCUGGUUGAUUGCUUUAAACUUGGAGACUGAUUUUGUGAUAGUAUGACAGCUUCUUAUGGUCUUCUUGCUAGUGGAAUAGUUUUGUUGAUAAUUUAAUGUUCAUAAUUCUUUUGUGAAUUAGUGUUAGAAAAUAUAAAUCAACUUCGAAGUUCGAAUUGUAACCAGCAUUGUAGUAAAUGACAAAGUAAAUUUAUAAUAUAUUUAAGAAAAUAGGGAGUCAUGUGUACUAAAUGUAUAAUUACAUAUUACGGAGUAUACAUUAUCAAUGUAUUUGGCAUUGUCCGAGUCAAAAUACUAAUCUACUCCGUAUAGUUCUAUACUCCCUCUGUUUAUUUUUAGUGCCCCACUUUUCUAAAACGGCUGUUUUUAUAAGUGUCUUAUUACUAAAAGUGGAAACCUUACUCACAUUAUACGGAGUAUAUUAUUUAAAGUGCCCAAUUACUAAAAGUGGAAACCUUACUCACAUUAUUUACUUUCUCCUUCUUUUUUCUAACUCCACUAACUUUAAUAAUAUUUUCUCCCUCACAUUAUUUUUAGUAAUCCCAAUUCAUAUUUCUCUCUCUUACUUUUCCAAAUUUUUUAAUCCUAACCUUCUCCUUCUAUAUAUUAUUCUAUUCUUUUGCCUAAACAACUAUGUACCAAGGGUAUGGAGAACUGAAAAAAAAAAAAAAAAAAAAAAACAGAGGGAGUAGUAUAUUAGCAUCAAAAGAAAUGUGAUUGAAAUCAAAGUAACAAGUAUCUCUACUAAGAAAAUGAAAAACUCUCGGUACACACACAUCAUAAAUUAAAGAAAUGUAAUAA